AGAAUUGUAAAAAUGGGAAAGAAAAAGUUUAUCGAGAACGAGGAUGGAACUACAGAAGUCCAGGAAACAGAAAGUGAAGCACCAAAGGAUAAAAAGGAGAAGAAAGAAUAUCGAUUGAGAACUCUUGGAGCAAACAUUAAAACAUCAAAGAAAAGUUUCAAAGAACAAUUUUUCAUGAAUUAUGAAGAUGGACUCAAACUAAUCAAAAAGAUGCGCGGAAAGGGAAAAGGAGGUCAACUCGUUCAAAAAGUGAUGCCACGUCAUAUCUCCUUACCUUAUCACAUGUCUGGAAAAGCUGCAAUGGAAGAAGCAUGUGAUUGGAUUGCUCAAAAUACUGUCGGAAAGUAUAGAAAAGAAUACAAAGGAAUCGUCGUAGCCGUUGGAAGUGUCGAUCUUGCAUCUGCGCCACGUGUCAUUUCCGACCAAUAUGCUUUCCAUACCGAUGUUGCAAUUAAUCAAAUUGUUUUCAUCCCAAAAAUCGGAGAUCAAUACGAAGCAAAAGUGAAAUAUGUGCAAGAAGGUCUUAUGGUCGGUGUUGUCAUGGAUAUGAUCACAAUUCACAUUAAGCAGAAUGACAAGACUUCAGAAGAUCAAGUUGCAAUUGAUGACAAGAUUCUAGUGAAAUACAGCGGAAUCCGAAUCAAAAGUUCAUUAUGUCACUUGAAAGGAGAAUAUGUGAAAAUGAUUGAAAAAGCCGAAAUAAAAGAAGAAGAAGAAGUAGAAGAUGAAGCCGAUGAAGAAACGGAUGUGAAGGAAAAAGUAAAAGAAGAAGAAGAUGAAGAUGAAGACAUGGAAGAAUAAUCUGUCUCUGAUUGUUAUUCAUUAUUUGUUCUAGUAAUUUUUGUUGAUUUUUGUACUCUUUUUUACCUUUUUGUUAUUUUUUCUGUUUUGGUUCUGACUUUAUUUUUAAUCUUUAUGAACCUAUCAAAUUU